CUCUCAUCCAUUUGCGAUUUUGCACCACCAUAUUGGAUUUUUCGGAUUACCACCAGUUUUUCAUCUUGAUCGUAUUGUUUUAAAAAUCUCCUUUUGAGGAAUUGCAAUAGGCACACAGUUAAGAAGGCAAUUGUGUACAACAGUUCGUGAUAAUUGUGCGUUGAUUUUGGAUAAGCGGGGAAAGUAAGUUGGAAAACAAGGGGGAGAGAAGGUUGGAAAAGUUUUCACAUCACACUGACAUUUUCAAAGCGAAAAAAAAGUUGGCCAAUUUAUCAGCUAUUUCGCGUCAUUUUCGCGGAAUUCUGUGACCCAGUGUACCGUUGAGGUGGCCAGGAAGUGCUCUUGAUGAGAAUUAUCACACAUUCCGGAAGAUUUUUGUGUUUUUUUUCCACAGUGGGUUGUGUGUAGAGAAGUUUUGCAUUGAGAUUUCGUCAAUGGACCACUUUUUCCUGGACACGAGAAGGAGGUGCGAGAAAGAAGGGAAAAUUCCCAACAAAUUGGGGACUUUCUAGUGACUCACAUGCACCCUCUCAGGAACGUUCCACGGUGGCUGGAAAUGUGUGCCCAUUUUGCGGAGGAAAAGAUUUGGGAACUUUUUUUUCUUCUUUUGUGUGACAGAGAAAAGAUUUUGAUGAGGAGUGUAGUGAAAAGGAAGUGCCACGGUGUUGAAAAAUCAGGCGCAAGGUGCUUUAUCUCAUUCCGGAGUCCUCUUGGGGAUCUAAUCCUCUUGGGAUAGAUGAAGAGCCUUUUGGCAGGCCAUUUAGAGGUGGAAAAUUGUGUGGAGAGACGAUGCGGGAUUGCUUUGGCAAGAAAGAGUUUGUCCAAUUUCCAGCUCAUUCGCGAAGGCUGUGUGUGUAUGAUUUCUUUGUGUCUCUUUUCUCUGUGUGCUCACCGCACUCCUCUCCCUUCCGCGCCCACCCGCUGCAUUGCACCAUCUCACUUGGGCAUAGAAGUGAGCAGCAAUGGAAUUAUUUUGUUGGAUACGAGCGUGUGUGUGGGGGGAUUUCAACUAUGUGGCUCAUUUUCAACGUCAGGCAUCUCCUCCUCCAUCCACCAUCAUCAGUUUGUAAUCUAAUCCAAAGAUUAUAUUCCUCCCCUCCCAAUCUUGUGUCUGGGGAGCUUCCACGGCAUUGCACCUGAUGCAGGAGCUCUCUCCCUCGCGCAAUUUGUGGACGUCACAGGUGCGCGCCCCCAGGAAGUGACAAAGAGGGCAUUUCCGUGAGGCAGGCAGGCAGGUAGAGUGGCAUCGUGAGAAGAGCACCGAGAAAGUGCGUCAGAUGGGAGCCUUCAACAGCAUGAUGGUGUGUUUGUGGGAAAGGCAAGCUGUUUGGGGAAUCAGGUUCAUCUAUUUUUGACAACAUUCCCCAAGCACUAUUCUUUUUUAUUUCACUGCCAUUGAGAUUCUCUCUACUUCUCGCAUCAUCUGCCAUUCACAAAAUAUACUCCUUGCACGGCAUCAAAACACACGCGUGCCAAAUACCUCCACUUAAUGACUUCCGGACACAAUUUUUCACUCCUGAACGGAGAGUCAGGAGAUACAUUGUUUUAUUUUUUCUCCCCUUUACUGAUGAACAAAAUCACCCCAUCUCCGUGGGGAAGAGAAGGGAGAGGAGAGGAGAGUGUUAUUGCUCUGUUACCUCCACACAAUAUGGAUAAAAAUUGUUGAUGUAGUGAUCAUACAACAGCCUUGAGUUAUCACAACAUACUUCCCAGUUUAUUGACAUAAUCACGAUCUUGCCGAAUACAAAUACAGCUGUGAGGGACACUGGGCGAGAGGAAGCGAAAGUACUGCCACAAAAUAAGAAAAAAAAAUUAAAUUUCCAACAAAACGAACGAUUCUCCCACCAUUCUAUCCUCCACACACAUUUAGUCAUCCUUUUGUGGCUGAAGGAGUGGUCUAUUGAUUUUUCUUCAUUAUGUGUGUCCUUGACCGGAAAAGUGCAUGAAAUACCCCCAAAUAUUGAGACAGACAACUUAGCGAGAAUUUUUUGAGGAAUCUUCAUUUAAUUGUUCCCAAUUUAAUGUCCCUUUCAGUGGACGAAACUUUUCUCCCCUCCUCUGUACACUGGGGUACCAUAGUAUGGCCAAAAAAUAUUCAAUUUAUUGUGAUAAAAAUUUCACAAUUUGUACAUAAAUUGGAAAGUCUCUAAUUUUUAAUAAUUAUUUUAUAAAAUGUCAAUGUUCUCUGCAACUUUUUUUCAACUAGCAUUGUUCAAUGUUUUGGAAAAUAGGGGAGAUCGGGGUUGACAGUUUAUAAAAAAAGUGUUUUGAGGCUCAAUUAUGAAAAUCUCAACGGAUUCAAGGCAGGCCGUUUCAGAGAUUCCCAUUUCUGUGGUGGAUCUGUGAAAGACAAAAAAAAAGUCCCGCAGCAAAAUACAAUAUUUUUCUUCUUCUCCCAUCUCAAUUGAGGAUAAAAUUGCUUAAAGGUAGAAGUCUAACUAAAAGACCGGAGUUUUGUUGCAAGUGAACUAGAAGAGAGAAAAAAAAAGAAAGAAGUGCACGCGCGGUGUUUGUGUUGUGAGAGAAGAGGAAGAGAAGAAAACAAUGAACGGGAUGACGAACAGCGAUGAAGUUGUCGAAUGCCCACUGUGCAUGGAAGCACUGGAGGUGGAUGAUCUCAAUUUCUUCCCAUGCACCUGUGGGUAUCAGAUUUGUCGCUUCUGCUGGCACCGCAUCAGAACGGAUGAGAAUGAAUUGUGCCCAGCGUGUCGGAAGGCGUACUCGGAAAAUCCUGCGGAUUUCACUCCACUUUCGCAAGAGCAAAUUGCUGCUCUGAAGGCUGAGAAACGACAACGGGAGCAGCAACGAAAGCAAAAAGUGACGGAAAAUCGCAAGCAUUUGGCAAAUGUACGUGUCGUUCAGAAGAACUUGGUGUUUGUCGUGGGACUCCCACCUAGACUGGCAGACGCGGAAAUCCUGAAGAAGCACGAGUAUUUUGGAAAGUAUGGCAAAAUACAUAAAGUGGUUAUUAACCCAAGUACUACUUAUGCUGGUGUCCAAGGCCCUUCAGCUUCGGCGUAUGUAACGUAUGUGAGCAAUAGUGAUGCCUUGAGAGCCAUACAGAGUGUCAAUAGCAUCAUGAUAGAUAAUCGUUUGAUAAAGACAAGCCUAGGGACGACAAAGUACUGCAGUCAUUUCAUGAAGAAUCAGCAAUGUCCGAAGCCCGAUUGUAUGUAUUUACAUGAAUUGGGUGAUUCGGAGGCGAGCUUCACGAAGGAAGAGAUGCACCAGGGGAAGCAUCAGGAGUAUGAAAAGAGACUCCAUGAUCAGUUGAUUGCACAAACAGCAGCUUUAAAUUCCAAUUCAUCAGCAACCAAUGGUAGUAGCACCACCAAUGGUGGGAUGAUGAAAGUUGUGAGUGAUGCAAAGAAUAUUGGUGGUGGUGGUACAACACAGAAUGGACCGACAAAGGAUGCAUGGCCGAGUUUAUCAGAAUCACCCGUUGGGAAGGAAACAAAGUUGAUGAUGAAUGGAAAAGUGGGUGGUGGGAAGGAUCAUUCAAUGAAGAAUGAAAAUAGAAAGCAUGAAAAGACGAAAGCAGAGAAGAAGGGAAAAGGGCAGAAGAAUCAUACAAAUUCCCACAACAACAAUAGCAGCAACAGUAACUACAACCACACAACGGCACCAACAGGAACGACAAAGGAUCAACAACACAACAGCAGUGCAACGACAAAGCAGCAACAACAACAGGAUAUAAUUGAGAAACAAAAUCAUCACAUAGAUGAUGAUGAAGUCAAUUUAAUUGAUGACAUUGAGAAUGAUGCACUCCUUGUGGAAAAUGAUCGCAAUGGGGAUACACCGUCGUUGAGUAGUAGUAGUAGAACAUCGACAAGCAAUACGGGUGAUAGUGGGGCAUCAAGUGAGAGUGGUAGUGGUAAAAGUUCACCCGCCAGCUCCUUCCCGGAUCAUUCACAAAUGCAAAAUUUGUCAACAUCUAUCUCAUCGACACUCUCAUCUGUUUCAUCGGCCUCCACAACGGCUAGCACAGAAUUAAUGGGGGGUAAUCCGCCGUCGCAGCAGCAGCAUCAACAGAAUAAUAAAACGACAAAUCUCGAUAAGAUGAAUCAACAACAGCAUGGUGACACAACAACACACUAUCCCAGUGAACAGAUGAAUGGUGGUGGUACAUUGCGGGAUACAGCGUCGAAAUUCACAAAAUUAUCCCUUUUCGAUGAUAGCAACAGCUUCUUCUCCACAAAUACUUUCCAACCUUUUAUGAAGGCCGUGGAUGGUGGUAGUAGUCAAACAUCCGGCAAUAGUAGUUCAAAUCAACAACAUCCAGAACUAAAUGGUGUGACGCCGUCGACCCAACAGCAAUCAGAGCAGAGCUCUGGUAACACAACCACGACUGGGAAUCAUCAACAACAACAACAAGUGAUAAAUGAAAGUAUCCUUGGGAAUACAUCGGAAGACUGGGAAGCUGCCUUUAAGUUUGUUAUGCAGAAGAAUAAUACAAAGCAUCCGGAUGAACAGCAACAAGAGGAAUUAUUUCGCAUGCAAGAAAUGCAAAAGCGCAAUUCAUCAGUUAAUGGUAUUCGAAUGGGGCAGCCACAUCAGCAGUACAAUGGUUUACAUGGAGACUUCAAUUCCGAUUACUUUCACUGUCCAAAUGAAAUCAACAGACAGCUUUUGCAACAACAACAACAGUCUCGAACACAACACAAUAAUUUACACAGUGGCAGUGAUAAUAUAAAUCACAUGUAUACGGGAAAUAUGUCAAAGUUCUUCGAUUUCCACAAGAAUCAACAGAAUCAGCAACAACAGCAACAAUUCAUGAUGAAUGGCCAUUCAACAAAUGGUCCAUCAGUUGAUCAGCUGAAUAUUGCAAAUUUGAUGGAGAACAACAGACUAAAUUCUCAAUUUUUGGAACAACACACACAUCUGGUGACACAAUUGCCGAAGCAGCAGAAUUGGUUGAAUAAGGUGGACACACAGCAGCAGCUGCAAUCUCACAAUAAUAUGCUCUUCAACAGUAAUCCACAGAAUAGACUACACAAUCAAUAUGGAAAUCAAAAUUCUGCUGCGGUAGAUGAUGAUUUGGGUUUUGAUCCAUUUAUUGAAACACAAAAGGCUCUUGCUGAGCUUAUGGAAUGUGAGAUGAUGCAAAAUAAGCCACAGACUAAUCAUAGUAAAUUAUUAGAAAAUUGUCAGAGAACAAGAAUGCCACCACCUGGUUUCAAUCACAUGAAUGCGUUUGGAUUUGGAAUUCCAAGAGCACAAGGCAGCAAAAUUUUACCAUUCAUGAAUAUGGGAAAUUCAACACAGCAGCAGCAGCAGCAGCAGCAACCACCAGAUUCCAAUUGGGGGUACAUGAAUGGCUAUCCACAAGGUCCACAGUCAAGUGAUCAAAUCAUUUCACAAUCUCAGCAGCAAAAUAGUCAUUCAGCACUUAAAUCAAAUUAUGGAAGUAUGACUUCAGAUUGGACCUCUCUGGAUCCGGCAAUUGUAUCAUUCCGUCAGUAUCCAACACUGCUACCCGGUCCGACGUUACAACAGCAACAACAGCAGCAACAGUCUCAAGCUCCACAAACAACUGACUUGUUUAUGUCGCAGCAGCAACAACAACAAACUGGACCAGGUUUUACACACCAUGGACUAAAUCUACAAACAAGUAUUAUGAAUCAACAGGCUCCGCAGCAGAAUUCACCAGCACAGGUGUUAAAUCCGGAGAUGAAUUGGUUGAACAGGGACGAAAGUCCAAAUUUUUUCACUAAUUUGUCAAAUGGAUUUUCAAGAAAUCACGACAGGUUAAAAUUGAAAAUGCCACCUGGCUUUCGAACUGCCAAUGUUGGGGGAAACAGUGUCACGAAAAUGCCGAUUCAGUGAGUCACGCACGAAGGUUGACAGAGAGAGAGAGAGAGAAACAAAAUUAUUGCAGUUAAUAAAAAAAGACGAAGAGAUGAAAUAAUUAAUAAAAAAAAAUUAAACAUUCUUGAUAUUUAUAUGGAAGAAGUCUGAAUAAGAAAUUUACAAUCUUUAUAUUCUUUUUUUCAUAAUUAUUUGUUUUUUUUAAGAAUGAGAAAAAAUAUUAUUGAAAUGUAAAAAAAGAGAUAUAAAUAAAUAAAAAAAAUAUAUAGUUAAACAGAAAAAAAGCAAAGAUGGUAGUUUUUUAAUCAGAUUUUUUUCCAUAUUUGUUUAAUAAACAAUAAAAAAAGAUUACAGUGCAAAACAUCUCAACAUGAAUGACAUUAGUGGAUUUCUCUUUUCGAUUUUUUUAUUAGUUUCUACUAUUACUAAUCUAUGAAAACAAAAUUUAACACUACACUCUGUACCUUCAUGUACAUUUUUACCAUUUUAUUUUUUCAUUUCUUUUUGUAUUUCGACUUUGUGAUACUUUUUAUGUCUUUAGAAGUUUUUUUUUAUGAGAGGGAAAACCGAUUUAUGUUUUUUUUUUAAACCUUAUUUCUACUUAAAAAUUAUUUUUUUAUGUUGCCUCCUUCAGGAAUAAUGAAAAGUAAAAAGAAGAGUUUAUUUUGUUUUUGAAUGAAAAAGAAAAGCAUUUGAGAGAAAGUUAUGUAAUAGCAGAAAAAGUAAUAAUAAAAAAAAUAUGUUGCAAAUAAAAUUUAUAUUGAUCUAUAAUUUCAUAUUUAAAUGAGAAAAAAAUAUGAAAAAAUUCAAUAGACGAAAAAAUCAAGUUUAAAAAAAUUGCACGUUUGUGAACAAAAAAAAAAAAGAUUUAAAAUUACAGAUUAACAAUGAAGAAAAAAAAGAUAGCAAGUGAUUAGUUUAAAACUGAAGCGAAAAAAAAUUAUUCUAUACAUUUUACUCUAUAAAAAAAACAAAUAAUUAUCAGAAAGAGAAAUAAAGCAAAAAAAAUAUUCAAUAUAUUAAGAUGAUGAAAAACAAAUUUAAAAAAAAAAUGGGUAAGAGAAAUUAUAUAAGAAAAACAUACAUAGCAAAAUGAUGAUGAAAAACAUGCAAAGAAGGAAUGUUGAUUCAAACUUAA